AUGACUUGCACUCACAGUGGACAAAUCCACGGCUGUUAUAAGAAACAUAGCUUUGGUGAGGCUACUUUUUAAUAUUUUUUUGCUAUUGGUGCCCCAAGCAAGACGAAGAGAUUUUGAUGAAAUAUUGGCAAAAUAGAGGAAUUUUUUAAUGAAAAAUUUGAGAUUUUUAGUUUGUGGUUUGCAGAAAAAGCCGAGAAUUGCUGUCCGAAGAUUGGUGACAACAAUUCGGCCUUUUUUUGCCGAUUUUGGUAUGAGAAAAUUCAGCUUGAUUUCUCUCAGGUAGGGCGACGUUUGUACCAAGAAUCAAUUGUUUCCAUGCGAAACGGAUGAAUUUAUGGCCAAAAAUCCUUUUUCUUUUUAACUCCUCUCCGUGUUUCGCAUGAUCUGUCAAAGGAAAAGAUCGCUGGAAAUCUCGGCGGCCACUGCAUAGCACGAGCCAACUGACCUCCUAAUUUUAUCAAAUUUAACAUUGCCGUAAUUUGCACUGCAUUCAGAAGCCGACCACACGUAUCUGGCCGAGACACUGGCCGUCCAAUGUUGCCAAGUGGGCUGUCAUAAGUCAAGUUUCCAGCGGUUCUGCUGCCUCAAAAAGGAAUGCUUCCAAAAAUGUUACUUGCGCAGAUUCACGAACAAAAAGAAGAGCAACUUGGUUAGAUUUUUGUAAGCUUCCUGGCAGCUUAACAUGUUUAACAAAAAUUCCAUUUUUAGGGCUGGGGACACAAAGCCGAAAUGGUUACCAGCACUCGAAAAUAUCAUUGAGAGCAUGUCUACACAAGAUGUCCAAAGACUCAUGAAGAAUUUCCAUGAUCCCGUGACAAACUUCAGCUCCGAAUGGGGUUGUGCCGAUCAGCGUGCACUUGAGGCUGAUUUGAGACCGUCGUAUCGAUAA